ACACAGCAACAAAGGCAACAACAGCAUCGUUUCAACUCUCCACAAACUCUGCAACAUCAACAGCAACAUUUCCAAAAUAACAACAACAAUCAACAAUUCCAAAGGAAUCCAAACACAAAUCAAGUACCACAUUAUCAACCCCAGCAGCCACAACAUUUCCAACAUCCACAACAACAACAGCAGCAACAACAACAUGCACCUCAACAGCAACAACAACAUGCACCUCAACAGCAACAACAGCAUGCACCUCAACAGCAGCAACAUCCUUCAGCUGCAGCACCUUUGGACUUGCAUCAACAAAAUUUCCUGGCUUUGCGUAAUUUUGCCAGCCAGCAAGUGGGACCCCAGCAGUCUUUGCCCCAAAGAUCCUACAACAACAAACCCUUCCAAAAUGCACCACCACCCUAUUCCACUUUACCUAAUGAAGCAUAUCAACCGCAAACUCAGCCUCAGACCUUCCCCUCGGCACCACAAAUUCUGCCUCAAACCCAACAGAAAUUGCCCCUACAAGCUCCUGUACCCACCUUCCAAACACAUGCAGCACCACAAAAACCUUUCUCCACACAGCCGCAACAACAGCAGCAGCAACAAUAUUUGUUGACCCCCAAUUUGGGUUUACCCGUGCCUCAACUGCCAUUUGCUAAUGUAGCCUCCACAGCAUUUCCUGCUGUGCAACAGCAGCAUCAGCAACAACAGCAACAGAACUUUGGGGCUCCACAAUUCCAAAACUUAGGCCAGGCUCAAUCCCCUGAUCAGGAGUACAAACAGAAACUCAUACAGAAACAUGAGCAAUUUGUACAAAAACAAUAUGAAAAGUCCUCGAAUAAAGUCAAGCAACAACAUGCUGAAUUUUUAGCCAAACAACAAACCAUCAAGCAGCAGGUAAUACCCACUAUUGUGCAAAAUCCCCAGCCCCAACAAGUCUAUCAACAAACUCCACAACAGCAGCAACAAUUCAAUUAUAUACCCAAUCGCAGCCGACCUGUGGGACCUUCUGAAUUGCCCUCAUUUGCCUCUGCUGUGCAGCAAUACUAUCAGGAACAUCCAACCACAACGACAACCACUACAACAACUACCACCACCACACCCUCAACCACCACCCACAAAAUUCACUCCAAACCAGUUUACAAUCAGAUCAAAGCAGAUCCCGGUAAAUUUGGCCAGAAAACAGUGGCCAAGAAACCUGUGAAAACUUUCGGACGUGAUGAACUUUUGAAACAACUUAAGGCCGCCUUGGCUGAACAGCCACAAAAGGAUUUGGGCAAUAAGACCUAUGAGGAAAUGGAUUUGGUAUUGCCCAAUGGAGAGCGUGUGCAAGUGAUUAGAACCACAGAUCCCAAUUUGGUUAAAGGUCAACAAUCCUAUACUCAGGAUCAAUUGCAAAGUUUGUUUGGUGACCAGGGUCUGCAAGCAGUCACAGGGGGACAAGGAAAACUCAGUAUAGCUGAUGUGGCUCCGGAAAAGAAGAAGGAUUUGGUAUUGCCCGGAGGCGGCAAAGUGCAAAUAUUACGUUCUCCCAAUCCCGAAGAAAUCGUAGAUCCUCAAAAUUUGCCAGGCGGUGUUGAUCUAUCCAAUUUGGCUUCUUUGUAUGGUGGCAGUGUGGAAGGUGUAUCCAAUGGUGCCAAUAGUAUAGCCAGUACUGCGGUGAUACAAUCUGAUUCCGAUGAGCCUCCUACUUUGGAAGAAUUGGCUAAACAGGGCUUGAUACCCGAUGGCUAUGAAAUUGAGGGUUUGAGUUCAAAACCCAAGGCCCAACCUAAGCCCGCUCCUACUUUGCCACCCAAAAAGAAGGCCACUUAUGUUUAUCUAGAAGAGCAAGCAGAUGGUAGUUUCAAAAUCCAGGGUGUUAAGGCCAAUGGUGAGAAGGAAACCAAGCAGACGGGAUCCGAGGUAGAAAGUAUUUUGGAUCGCAUACGUAAUGGUGAUAUAAAAUUGCCUCCCUCUGUGACACGUCUUACUUUGCCCAACGAUGAAAUUGUAGAAAUACAAUCGGGCAAUAUUGUUAAGACCACGCAAAGACCCAGCACCACUACCUCGACCACUACAACGACUACCACCACAACCACACCAGCUCCUCCACCACCACCACCAUCUACUAGAGCUUCAACCCAUAGAUAUUACACCUCUAGAAACACCACACCCUAUCAUCAUACGACUACCCCAGCUCCUUACAUACAUCGGUCUUCCACCAGACACUAUGAUCACUCCGCCUAUCGCUCUACCGCUUCACCACGCUACACCACAGUACCCACUUCGUCACCUGUCUACAUACCUUCAACCUAUCAGGCCAUUACCGAACGUCUUACCGAAACCACAGUUGAACAGUCUGCUCCACCACCACAAUAUACUGAUGCUGUGGUAGAAGAAUCCGAACAUCAAGACAAGGCCUCCGUGGUGAAUGUACAGUCCUCAAUUUCCACUUCGGACUCUUCAUCAGCCACAAUUUCUGCAGCUGGUACGAUCUCCUCGGAUGCUUCUGCUUCCGCUAAUCCCAGUGAUGAUUUAAUACAGAUACUUAAAUCCAAUGGACUCUUUGCCAUGUCCAAGUAUCUUAGACAAUCGGGUUUGGAUAGUAUUUUGAAUGAAACUGGUCCCUAUACCAUAUUCGUGCCUACCGAUAAGGCUUUUAAGAAUUUGCUGGUACAAUUGGGCGGACCCGAGAGAGCUGAGGAGAAAUUUAAGGCCAAUCCUAGAUUGUUAAGUGGGCUUUUAUUGCAUCAUGUUAUUCCCGGAGCUUUUGAGAUUGCCACUUUACAGGAUGAGAUGACUGGCGUUUCCUUGGCUGGUACCCAAUUGAGAGUAAAUCAGUAUAAUAUGCACGAUCAGGAAUGGAAUGAUGUAACACUCACCACCAUUAACGGCGCCAUGGUUGUUUUGAACAAGAAGGACAUAAAGAUCCCUCAAGGCAUAGCUCAUGCUGUCGAUCGUGUCAUGUUCCCUCUGCCCGUGGGAGAUCUUCUGCAAACCUUGCAAUCGGAUAGAGAAAAUCGUUUCUCCACCUUCUUAAAGAUUUUAUACACCUCAGGACUCUCGGAGAAAUUACAAAGUAAAGGCAUCAAAACCUACACCGUCUUUGCACCCGUUGACAAAAGUUUCACCGAAAUUGAAUCCGAUACUUUGGAAAAACUCACCAACAACAAAGAAGCAGCCGAAGAAUUUGCCAUGAAACAUAUUGUAUCGGGUACCCUGUUCUCCGCCGGCAUGAGAUUCUAUCAAGUUAAGGACUCUUUGCUGACCGGUAAAACUGUUAUAUUGCAAAAGACCUCAGCGGGCAAGAUCAAGGUGAACGACACGCAAAUGGUAGCCUCCAAUAUACCGGCCACAAAUGGUGUUAUACAUGCCCUGGAUGGUGUGCUGGCGUGAGCUUAAAAGCUUUUCCAUUUACAUCCACUAGAUAAGUUGUGUUAUUAUUAAGCCGUGUUAUAUUUUUUGUUUGUUUAAAUAGAAAAAAAAUGGGUUAUUAACUUAAAUAACUAAUCGUUAUUGUAAACAUAAAUGAUGCAACAUGAAAAUCUUGCCAGUUUUCUUUGUAAUGGGUCAAGGUGCUCUUGAAAGCUUUUUUUGUAAGUUUUUUUUUUAUAAAAGAAAAGCUUUUGGGAAACAUUAUUAAAACAAAACAACAAAAUCCUUAGGUGCUUCCUUUAAGUAAAAUGAAAAUGAAUUGAAUUGUUUUUUAAUAAAAAAAAGCUUAGAAGUCAUGUAAAUUAGUAAGCUGCAGAAAGUAAAGCUUUUAUUUUUGCAAACAUUACAAAUGGAAUUUAAAUUUAUUGAGUGUUUUUUUAUAUAUAAAUAAUAACAUUUACUUUUAAUUAAUUUAUUGGCCUUCAAAAUUAUAUGUUUUUUUUAUAUAUUGUAAUUACCUACUAAGGAAUUUUUUACAAAAAUUCUUUAAACUAAAUUUAUUUGUAAAAUUAAUCUUAUGAAACUUUUCUAUAAACGAGAAAUUUUUAAAAAAAAAAUUGUUUUAGUUCUAAGUUAACAAUUUUAUUAAUUAAAAUCGAUUAUUGUAUAUUUUAUAAAAAUAAAAUUAAAUAAAAACAAA